AUGCCCUCCACCACUUCCAAGUCUUCUUUCGGCCAGACUCUCCACUUCAUCACCGAUAUCAAGCUCCAGGAGCUCGAGAAGCAACGCAUCGCCUAUCAAUCCCAUGCCAAAGUCCUUGAGGACGCCAAAGCCCUAGGCGACUCCGGCGACAUCAUAAAAAAGGUCGAAAUCCUUGCCAAAGCAGUUAAGGCAUGGACUGGGUCUGGAUCCGUCGAUGCCUUCGAAAAACUUGUCGGCAACAAAUUGGAGCUGUCGAACCUCGAAUUUUGGCUUCAACAGGCGAAGAACGACCCAAGCUUCAGCCGGGAGAUCGCUGAGGGCUGGGCAUCAACACUGGAAAAGCACAUCCAUCACAACAUCGUUCGAUUCGACGCCGCAAAGUUAUUUGGGAACCUUUUCAAUGAGUGGUUGGCGAGUGGGGACUCUGUAGCGGUGGUGUACGAGGAAGAUGCUGAUCAGAAAAAUGUGGCGUCGGAGGGAGAGACGGGGGCUGAUUUUGUGGAGAUUGGCCGGAAGGAGAUGUACGAGCAGAAGGAAAAACUUGUCUCGAUUAUCUUUGACGACUACCCCAUCGAUGUCAGCAAGUUAAAGGAAUAUUUGGAAGGCCUUUUCGAGUCGGAGGAAGGGACCAAGGCCCUUGAGAAGCUGCGUAAGGAGAUAAAAUAUUUCAGCCGUUGGCUUCAGCGCAACCCAAUCACCAGCAACGACGUUCGGAACACGAUCAAAGGGCUAUUAGCUUCCGGACUGAUGGACGAAGAAAAACGCACAACCCUCAAGGCGUUCCAGGAGAACCAGAUUGUAAUUGACGAGAUAGCGAGUGUGUUGACGAUGCGCAUGGCCGGUAUCGAUUCUUGGACUUGGCCUAAAGAGGGUAUUUUGAUCGAAUUCAGGCGACAUCUAAAUGGGAAAUACAGAGCUUUCACUGAUCCAGAAAUCAUCGAUGCUCUUCUUCUUCAUUACAUUGGUGUUACAUGGCAAGUAAAGCUUAAGGCUUGCCUCCUCAAAAUCUUCGAGGGGAAGGCCUGGCUUCGCUCUGAUCCCCCCAAUCAUAAAGCCAAGGAACAAAGAAUAGAGCAACUUCGAGGCGAUGAUGGUUCUUCGUCGAUCGACGCUGAGCGUAAAGAUGCACAGAAACAGCAUUUCUUCAUGACCCAGCUGCAAUCUUCCGCCAGCAACACGCGGCCGUACGAUGAAAACCAAGUCGACGAUCACAACUCCAAAGAACUCCAGGAUUCUUCAAAGAUCAAGCAGAAGCUCCUUCACAUUAUGACUACAGAAUGUUAUCUCAACACAGCAUUGCACGGGUCCCAUGCAGCCGUCUGCUCUGACCUGGAGUGGUUCGGGCCUUCGCUUCCCCACACAUCCAUCCUUACGAUCCUCGAGUUCUUCGGCAUGUCCAAGACAUGGCUAGGCUUCUGUAAGCAAUUCCUUUCCGCGCCUGUAUAUUUCCCUGGGGAAUCGGAGAGCCGGGUACGCAGACGGGGAACACCUAUUAGCUAUUCUCUCAGCACGCUGUGCGGCGAAGCUAUCAUGGCUAUCAUGGACAUUGCCGUCAACCAGCGUGCGAAUGGGCUGUACCUCUACCGGAUGCACGAUGACCUCUGGCUCUGGGAUGCGGAUCCCAAGAAGGUCGCCGACGGUUGGGCAGAGAUGAACAAGUUCGCUGGACUUGUUGGCCUCACAUUCAACCAAAAGAAGACUGGCUCAGCAUACGUUGGGCCUCCCAACGAAUCUGCUUCCAGGCUUCCCGUGGGCGAGAUCAUCUGGGGCUUCCUCAAGUUCGAUCCCGCUCAGUCGCGGUUCGUCAUUAACCAAGCAGAUGUGGAUGUACACAUCGCGGAAAUGCGCCGCCAGCUUGCCAGUACCAAGUCUGUGUUUGGCUGGAUUAACGCAUACAACAAAUACAUGGCGUUCUUCAUGCGCAACUUUGGCGGCAUUCCCGCGAACUGCUUCGGGAAAACUCAUAUCGUCAGCAUGAUCGAGACGUUAGCGCGCAUCCAGCGUGAGCUCUUCCCGGUAACUGGCACGGACAGCAAUGAUGGCGGGGCGGUUGGGUACCUCAGGAAAACACUCCGUGAGCGGUUCGGCGUCGCGGACUUGCCUGAAGGAUACUUUUACUUCCCGAUCGGUAGUGGAGGGCUUGAGCUAAGGAACACCAUGCUUGAGCUCUUCGCGCUCCAGCAACGCGGAAAACCUCUGUCCACGUAUACAUAUGAUGACGACUCUUCGGACAACAGUGAAAAUGGAGAUGUGUCGGACGCUUCAGACACGUCUAGUGAACCUGACACCGAUAUAUCGGACGACUCGGAUGCCUAUGACCUGGACAAGGAUGCCACGAUGCCAGAGCAGAUGUUCGUGAAGCUCAUGGAAGGCGACCGCCAAAGGUACAACCGCUUCCAGGAGGUUUGGGACCGGGACGAAGACAAGCGACGCGCCAAACACACCGUCUUCUACCUCCAAGGUGUUGAAGACAAGUUCAUGUCCUUCGAAGACUUCACGUCCUUGCGUGAAUCCUGGCUUUCUGGUUGGGGACAAGUUUACAAUUACAUGCUCUGCUUGCCGGACGAGUUCCCAUUGAAAGUUGUACCGGCGCUUCGUGAGAGUAUGGAUAAAUGGAAGUGGAAUUCUACUGGAUGGUAUGAGAAGUGGGUCGUCAGCAUGUACGGCGAGGAGAUUGUAAAGAAGUUUGGAGGCUUGGAGGUUGUGGAUCCCAAUUUGAUUCCGGUUGGGAUGGUACAGUUGUUCAGGAGCUCACGAAUGAAGCUUGACCAGUGA